CCCUUGGUCGUCCUUUUUUCUGGAAGGGGAAAAAAGAGUAAAUGCUCAUAAAGAAGGCACUCUAUUGCUUCAGAAACGAAGAGAAGAUAGUGCACGGCAGUCAUGUUUUCAAUUUCAUCUUCAACAAAGCCAAUGGAAGUUGUGAGUUAUGCCCAUUCUUUGAGUUCUUUUGGACACCCACGUUCUCUCUUCAAAUUCAGACCAAGCUUCAGUUCGACUACUUUCAUCUCUUUAAAGAAACAGCCCAUGAAAUCUUUGCAAGUGAGAGCAGUAGCUGCUCCUGCAGAAGCCACUGCUGGAUUUGAUGAAAUGGUUUCUGGGACCCAGCGUAAGUAUUACAUGCUAGGCGGUAAAGGAGGAGUUGGGAAGACAAGUUGUGCUGCUUCACUUGCUGUAAAAUUUGCAAAUAGUGGUCAUCCCACUUUAGUAGUUUCAACUGAUCCAGCACAUUCCUUGAGUGAUUCUUUUGCUCAGGAUUUGACUGGCGGCACUCUAGUUCCAGUUGAAGGACCCUAUUCUCCAUUAUUCGCCCUUGAGUUAAAUCCUGAAAAGGCAAAGGAAGAGUUUCGAAGUGCAACCCAGACAAGUGAAGGAUCUGGUAUCAAAGACUUUAUGGAUGGCAUGGGCCUCGGGGUGUUUGCUGAACAGCUUGGGGAGUUAAAGCUUGGAGAACUGCUGGAUACGCCCCCUCCUGGUCUAGACGAAGCCAUUGCAAUUUCAAAGGUUAUCCAAUUCCUUGAAUCACAGGAAUACAAUAUGUUUACUCGUAUAGUGUUUGACACAGCCCCGACGGGACAUACUCUGCGGCUCUUGUCCUUGCCAGAUUUCUUAGAUAAAUCAAUUGGAAAGAUAUUGAAGUUGAGACAGAAGAUAGCUUCAGCCACUUCAGCAAUAAAGUCUGUCUUUGGACAGGAAGGAACGCCCAAGCCAGAUGCUGCAGAAAAGUUAGAGCGGUUAAGGGAGAGGAUGAUAAAAGUAAGAGAGCUUUUUCGUGACACAACCUCAACGGAAUUUGUCAUAGUAACAAUCCCCACGGUUAUGGCAAUUAGUGAAUCGUCAAGGUUGUGUGCUUCCUUAAAGAAGGAAGAUGUUCCUGUAAAGAGGCUUAUUGUUAACCAGAUUCUUCCGCCAUCAGCCUCAGAUUGCAAGUUCUGCGCAAUGAAAAGAAAGGAUCAAAGUCGUGCUAUGGAUAUGAUCCCGAAUGACCAAGAGCUCUCUAGCCUGAUGUUGGUCCAGGCACCCCUUGUUGAUGUUGAGAUCAGAGGUGUUCCAGCUCUUCAGUUUUUAGGGGAUAUUGUGUGGAAAUGAAGCAAAAGAACUUCACACUGCAUCAACUGAUCAGAUGUUGCAGGUGGCAUUUGUCAGCGGACUGCAUUCAUGGACAGUGUUGUCUAUUAAUGCUCUUGCUCUAACAUGUGAACACAAAUACAUGCAAUACAGAUGCUUGUUGCUGCUGAGGUACAAGUAAAUACUAUCUCGUCUACAUUGGUAUCAAGAAAAAUACACAAUAGAAGUUGCGUUGUUCGAAUGGACGAGCCAACAAAACGAGAAUGAAAAGAACAAUUAUUUCAUUUUAGUGAGUUGAUAUUUGAAAUAAAAAAGUGUGGCAAAGCACUACAGUGACAAGUAAACUGGAUGUUAGUUACCUGUUAGUAAUAUUUUUCUUUUUUUUGAAACAUAGCGAACUUUGCCUUGCUGUAUAAAUGAGCUUUACCAUGCUUUUUAUUUUGUUGAUUCCAAAACUGCAAAGAAAUUGUCUUUGUGCGCGUA